AUGGCCCCUGCAGAGGAUCCGAUCGAUCGCUUUGUCUGCCUACAAGUCUUCAUAUGUGGUGUCACAGCCCAGAUCGAUCAAGAAAUCUUAUCCACGCACUUUUUGAACCACGUUAAUACCAAUUGUAGAAUGUCUUACGAGGGCGUGACUGAGAGCAUUCUCCUCCGUGACAGGGACAUCCCGAGCGUCGCUUUCACGCCCGUCUUUGACACAGAUUUGCCUAUCUUGGACCAAGAAUCAGGGCCGAAAACCUCGCAACGUGUUCGAACGAUAAAAGCCACAGGCCGCAGCAUGACAAAGUUUUUGGACCGGACAGGCGCCUACUCUGCCCUCACAGGUGAAGAAAGUGAGGGUGAGGACGAACCUAAGGGCCCUCCAAAUGCCACAUUCAUUCAGAAGAUGAUCGGAUUUUCUGCCGUCACCCGGUUUGCCUUAUACGUAAUACCUGUUGCAGUUGUCUUGGUCAUACCCAUAGUCCUUACGGCUACUGCGUUCAAAAAGGCCGCAAUUGGAGAUAUCCGCCUUAUAGGCCUCUUUAUCUGGAUCGAGUUGGUUUGGCUGAACGUAUGGCUGGCGAUACUCAUCUCAAAUAUUUUACCGCUCCUCUUCCAGUUCUUCGGCGGAUUCAUCAGCUCAGGAAGUCGAAAAUACGCUCAACUGCUACAAGCAGUGAGGCUACCUGUGUCCGUCUUUAUGUGGGCUCUGAUCUCACGGGCAGCCACACCGGUUAUCUGUGUUUUCGACAUGAAGACAGACCGCAACCUUGACUGCGAUGAUCAGUGGAUCUUGGUUCUCCGCAAAGCUCUGCUUGCGACUGUCGCGGUGACCGGCAUGUUCUUCGUGGAGAAACUGAUGGUCCACUUGCUCAGUGUCAGCUACCAUCGCAAGCAGUUCAAGGUAAAGCUUAACGAGAGUAAAAGAAUUAUAAAGAUCCUUGGCCGCAUGUACGAGAAAUCUAGGAAGCUCUUUCCGAUAUACUGUCGGGAGUUCGCUGCGGAGGACUCCAAAAUUGCCGGUUCCAGAAAUGCUCCUUCAAUUCUUCGGAAAGACUCAGGAGCCAGCUCAUUCAGCCGUAUUAAAAGCACAGUCUCGGCGGUGAUGAGCAGUGCUGCCAAUAGAUUCACUGGAAAGGAAAUUCUCAGACCGGGAUCUGCUCAGUCCAUUGUUUUACAAGCACUCACCUCUCCUGAAGCCUCUGCGGCUCUGGCUCGACGUCUUUGGAUGUCUUUUGCCGGAGAAGGCAAAGAAGAACUAUAUGAGGAUGACAUCGCCCAUGUUUUCGGUCCUGGAGGUAAAGAGGAAGCAAAAGAGAUACUCAAGGCAUUAGACGAAGAUUGCAACGGUGGUGUUAGCCGUGACGAAAUGCUCUUACUCUGUCUGCAGAUCUGCCAGGACCGAAAAUAUAUCGAUCAGAAUAUGCAUGAUAUUGGUGAGGUUAUUACGAGUCUUGACAAUAUACUCUCCUUUUUGGUGGCGGUGCUGACGGCCCUUGUCUAUGCCUCAUUUUUCAACGCAUCCCUCGCCUCUCGGGCAACAACGUUGUGGGGUAGCAUUGCUGCAUUGUCCUUCGCCGUCGCAGGCACUGUCCAGGAAUUCCUCGGCUCUUGUGUUUUCAUCUUCAUCAAACACCCAUACGAUGUUGGCGAUCGGGUUGACAUUAACAACGUCCCGUUGGUGGUCGAGCAUAUAUCUCUAAUGUACACCAUCUUUCGCCAAGUCGAUAGCGAAGCCAGCAUUCAGAUCCCCAAUAUUAUCAACAACGGCCAGUGGAUUAAGAACAUUUCUCGAAGCAAGGCCAUGCCAGAGAUAUACGACUUUGCCAUCUAUGCCAAAACCAAAUACGACGCCAUCGAGAACCUAAAAGUUGAGCUCGAAAGUUUCGUUCGCGAUAACAAACGCGAUUUCCAACCCCAAGUCGAUGUCCAAUUGACCUCUAUUGGAAAUUUGAGGGAGCUUGUUCUGAGAGUAAGAGUCUGUCACAAGUCGAACUGGUCCAACGAGACUCUGCGUACUACUCGUCGCAACAAAUUCCUUUGGGCGCUUUUGACAGCUCUACGCAAACAUUCCAUCAGUAAGCCUGGUAACCCUAACCCUCCUGUCGGAUCUUGGGAGAAUCCAGGCUACUCCGUCGCCAUAACGGACGAAGAAGCACAUGAGGCUCGCGCUGCGUAUGAAGCCCGGGAAGAAGAGAAACGCUUGAAAAAGCUGAAUCUAGAUAUACCGAAAGCACCAACGCAUCGAAACCACUAG